AGGAGACGGAAGGGGAGCCUCGUUUCCAAUGUUGGUGUGUGAGGAAGUCGCCAGGAUACCGAACAAAGAUGGCUGCGCCCAUAGAAUUGCACCUGGAGUUCGGAGGUGGAGCUGAACUGCUGUUUGGAGGUGUUAAGGACCACCAUGUGAAGUUGCCAAGCCAGUCUGAGCCCUGGAACGUUAAGCAGCUACUGGCUUGGAUUAAAACUAACCUACUGAAAGAAAGACCAGAACUGUUUAUCCAGGGGGACACAGUGAGACCUGGCAUUCUCGUGCUGAUCAAUGAUGCAGACUGGGAGCUCAUGGGCGAACUGGACUACAUGCUUGAAGACCAGGACAACGUGGUUUUCAUCUCCACACUGCAUGGAGGCUAGGACAGCCAGACAGUGUGCACUAAGGACUGAGCUCACUAGUUACUUCAAGGCAUCUCUGCCCCUUUGUGUCAAAUUAAAGCAGAUGCUUUUCAAAGCAACACCUCACUCUUCAGAACUAUCCAUCCCCUCUCUUGUUCAUACACAAAUGAUUCAACCCAGUAAGCGGGGGGAUUACAGGUAGAGUUUGAGAGUACUGUAGGAUUAAAGGACAGCAACCCCUAUUGUGAUCUUUAAAUGUAAUAAUCCCCCCGUCCCCCACACUCUGCUGUUGGAAGGAGGCAGUGAGAAUGGGAUUCUUGGAGGAUCACUGUGCUCUGCAGUGAAGGAAUUCAGACAGGUGACCUGAUAGUGACACUGAUCUGGUUGCUCUACUUACUGUAACAUGUUGCCUUUUUUACCUUGUUUUUUUAAGAUACUAUUUAGGAAGAUAUUGUGUAUAUCCCUGCACAUAAAAUAAACUUAUGAUGAUUUUAAAUGGAAAAA